AUGGAAUCAAAAUUUCAGGUAAGGACUUAUUUUUUUGAUCAAAAUGUUAUUCAUGCCAUUGUACAUCUAAAUUUUUAUUUUUUUUAGUUGUCAGAUGUGGUUGGAGCUGUCUUUCAAAAUGGAAACCUUAAAUUCUUCACCAAAGAUCAUUUGGCCUGUCCGAUUGGCAACAGAGUCAAGGUUAUGGACCUGAAAAAGUAGGUAUUUUGUGUUACAUUAGUUUACGUUUAGUGAUGCUUCUCAUAUUCUUGAUUGCGAGUCCAAUUUCAACGUGGUUCACAUGGCUUUCAGCCGAGAUGGAAGUAUGGUGGCGUUGGUGAAUGAAGGUAAGCUUUUGAAUUUUCUUUUCUGCGAUUUUAGAGGCAAUUUAUCUUAUCCAUGAUGGCUACUAACAUUGUUCUGAAAUCUUUUAUAUUUAUGCCUAAAAUGAAGUCUAAACUCGAGGGUUUUCAGUUGGAAUCGUCAGUCUGGUCUCGUUGGUUCUCAAUUCAGUCAUUUAUCAAAGAAAGAUUGGACAACACGUGAGAUGUGCGGCUUUUUCUCCCAACAGCAAGUAUCUGGCGUUUGGAAUGGAUGGAUACGUCGCCAUCUACUCUGUGGACGUUGAUUGUCUUACCCCGGAACCUCUAAGGCUUCUCAGCAGAAGACAGUUCGCAAAUAUGUCAGCACAAACUACUUUCACUCAGCUGGAAUGGUCGUUUGACUCAAGGUAAGAUGUUAUACAUGAUAUUGAUGAUGGUUGGGGAAAUAUGGAUGGUUCAUAGAUUUGAAGGGAUAAAUGAAAAUGAUUUUUGGAAGGGACAUUGACUAUGAUAUAGCGGUGCUUUAUGAGAAAUUUGGCGAUUGUAGCUGGGAUAUAUUUUGUGUUAUAGACAAUUUUCUGAAACCCAUCAAGAAUUUGCCAAGGUUAAUAUAAUUUAGGUGAAAUUUAGAGUUGAGGUUGGAUUUUGUCCCGGGUUUUUGGUUAAGUGAGGAAGUCCAUGAGCUGUUUUGAGAUUUUAAGCGUUCUUGAAAAUUAGCCAACCUGUUUUAGACAUCAAAAUUAGAAAUUUUAUUUUUUUUCAUUUUUUCAAAAUUUCGAAGUUUAUUCUGACAUAAACGAUGUUUCAGAUUGCUUACAGUCUCAUCCAACUCUCACAUUCAACGGGUUUAUGCUCCAUUGAGGGCUCUUCCCAGGUUCAAUAUGUUAUCCUUGCCCGAAAGAGCUGAAAUCAUUGGUGCUUGGUUCAGAACAAGUUCAACUUAUGAUGUAAGUGGCUUGACUAAACUGUAUUUUACUAGAUAUUAGCCUCACAAUGUAUUUGAGGAAAAUAUUUAAAAAAUUUUAUAUUAUUUUAGAUCCUUUUGGUGACAAAAAGAGGAAUUAUCUCCAAUUAUUCCGCCUCCUUAGACCCCGUGGAAGUUAUGAAGCCUCUGGAGGAAGAUGAGCAGUUCAAAGAAGCCAGAAUGUUCUUCAAAUACGAUUCAAAGUAAGUAUUUUGACUAUUUUUUGAGAUUUUCGAAAUUUAGGCCUGCGAUUUACGACAAAUUCGAGAGUAACGGCCGUCCAAAUGUCACGUCUGCCGCAUUCGACAAGAAGAAUGAGUUGUUGGCCAUUGGGUUCGAGAAUUCCGAGAUCGUCAUCGCCAAUUUGUCCAUGGGUCUUCAUGUCACCAAACAUUUGAAGUGAGUUUCAGCGAAAAAUAAGGAGAAUAUUAGAAAGGAAGAGGGGUUAAAAGAUGAUAUGGUCAUUUUGUCGUGUUUUAGAUUUAUUUUUGAGGUUUCAAAUGGGAUAAAAAUAUUUUUGCAACUAAAUUUACCUUCUUUUAGUGAUUUUUUGACAAAAAAUUUAUAUUUUAAAAAUUUUAUGGGUGAAAUUGGCAGUGUAAAUGGAUGGAGAGUGUAGAAAUUGCCAUUUGGAGUUUUUCGAAAGGAAUUUUGAUCGUAUUUUGGGUUAAGUUUUGCUUUAUUUUGCAAAAUUUGAUUUCUUUUAGGUAAAAUUGACGAUUUUUGGAAAAAAUUUUUGUUCAGCGACUUUUAUUUUAGUUUUGAAAUAACAUUUAGGGUCUCUACUGUAAUUUUAGUGCUAAAAAAUUCAAAUAGUUUUCGAAUUUUUGGGUUUUUUCGUCAUUUUAACCUUAUUUCGAAAGGAAAGUACUUCUAUGGGGUAUGGAGUUACAGGUCGAGACAUGUACCAAAAAAUCGCAAAACUUUUCUGAUUCAGAAUGUGCAAAAAUUAGCUGCCUAAUUUUGGUCUGUAAGGGUGAAAAACCCCUCAGAACUUUUCUUGCAACACCAAGCAAAUGCCUUUUUGACCACGUUUUUACCAAUUCAAAAGCUUUUUUUGGAGCUAAAAUAAACCCCGGAAUCUUGACAAGCCUUGAAAUAGCAAAUUUGAUUAAUACUACACCUUAUUAAUAAUUGCAAUGUAAAAACGGGGUAGUAUUAAUCAAAUUUGAUAUUUUAAGGCUUGUAAAGAUGUCAGGGUUUACUUUAGCUCAAAAAAAGCUUUUGAAUUGUUAAAAACUUGGUAAAAAGACAUUUGCGUGGUAUUGCAAAAGUUCUGAGGAUUUUUUCGCCCUUACAAACCAAAAUUGAGCAGCUAAUUUUUACAUAUUCUGGAUCCGAAAAAUUUUGCGAUUUUUUUGAUAUAUGUCUCGACCUGUAACUCCAUACCCCAUCGAAGUACUUUCCUUGUAAAAUUGCCAUCCCAUAAAACAAGUUUUAACACCGUUAAUCAUCCAAAUUCAACAUUAUUUCCCAAAAAAUCCUCCAUUUACUUUCCUUGUAAAAAUUUCGUUUUUUUUGUCAAUUUUGAAAUUUUCAGCCUAAAUUUGGGCAUCCCAAUCGAAGCCAUCGACAUUACCGACAACCUGCUCGCAUUCGGAACCGGGCGCGGCUACAACGGCGCCCUCUACGUGUGGGAUCAGCGCUCCGAAAUCUUCGCCGUCAAACAGCAAUCCCACACGAAAGCGAUCAGAACCGCCGUCUACUCGCCGCUGGGCCAUGUCCUUGCCACUGGCGGCGACGACGGCCUCGUGAAGAUCUGGAAUUCCGAAUCCGCCAUGUGCGUCGUCACCCUGAAAGGGCACACCGCCCCGGUGACGUCACUCUGCUUCACUCAAAAUGGAAACGCAAUUUUGAGCGCCUCCCUGGACGGCCAGGUACUCGCGCAUGACAUGAAAAAGUACCGGAAUUUCCGCACCAUGGUCACCCCGAGGGAAACGCAGCUGGAGCAUUUGUGCGCCGACAAGGAGGGCCUGAAUUGUAUUGCCUCGUCGCAAAACUCGUUCGAAAUUUAUGUCUGGGCCAUUGAGACUGGAAAUUUGUUGGAGGUUUUGACUGGUAAGGACAUUGAGGGGAUUUGAGGGAAAUUUAAAGGGAGUUGGGGUGAUUUGAGAGGAAUAAAUGGGCUCUCGGAUAUUAUUUUAGAUGAUUUAGGGGAUUUUUGGGGAAAAUUUUGAUAUUUUAAGUAAAAGUGAGAUUUUUUUUAUGAUUUUUGGGUUUUAAAAAGAGCGAUUAGGCUUUUGUGGUGAUUUGAGAGAAUUUGAGGCAAGAUAUAGACAAAAAUUUGACACUUUGGAUAUUACUUUAGAUGACUUUAUGGAUUUUUAGGGAAAAUGAAGUAAAAGUGGGAUUUUUUAAUGACUUUUGGAUUUAAAAAAGAGCGGUGAGGCAUUUUGGGAUAUUUUUAACAGUAUUUUAGCCAAGGUACGGAGAAAAAUUUGACACUUUGGAUAUUACUUUACAAGGAAAGUACUUUUAUGGGGGCUCCUACUUUUUGACGGGACAUAUCUCAAAAAAUCAGAAAAAAUGUGCUGAUCAAGGAUAUAUAAAUCUUAGCUGCCCAUUUUAGGUUUUUAGGGGUGAAAACUCAAUCGGAAGUUGACUUAAAGUCCUGUAUGAACCCCUUUUCGCCUAAUUUUUCACGGGUUUACAAUUUUUAUUUUGGCUUCAAAUGAUGUUUAUUGAGUUUCUAAGACGUAAUAAAUCAGUCUUGGCCCAAAAAUUUAUUUUUCCGACCUUCAACUUCAAAAAAAGUCGAUUCAGCCCAAAAGGGAAAUCGAACCCGUGCGGCAUUCCCCCUCUUGAUCCCCAGACUACGACACUAGCCACUCGGCCACACCGCUCUCUUCCGAAGGAAGAGACCGACUGCGCUUUUUAUCGUUUCGAAUGCAUGCGCCUUUUGUAGGGAAAUUGAGCCAGUUUUUGGGCAUUUUCACCCCUAAAAGCCCAAAAUGGGCAGCUAAGAUUUACAUAUCCUUGAUCAGCACAUUUUUUAUGAUUUUUUGAGGUAUGUCCCGUCAAAAAGUAGGAGCCCCCAUAAAAGUACUUUCCUUGUUAGAUGACUUUAUGAUUUUUUUUAAAUGGACCUAAAAUUUUGUUUUUUGAUGGUUUUGAAAGUUUGGAAGUAAUUAGAGAUGAUUUCAGAGUGGUUUUAGACCAUUUAAUAUUGGUUUUGGGUUCAAAAAUUGCAUGUUCGAUAUUACUUUAGACAAUUUUUUGGGAUUUUUGAGGGGAAUGGAGUAAAAGUGAAAUUUUUUGAUGACUAUUGGAUUUUAAAAAGAGCAGUGAGGCAUUUUGGGAUAAUUGGAGAGUAUCUGAAUCAGGGUGUAGACAAAAAAUGGCACAUUUUGGAUAUUACUUUAGAUGACUUUAUGAUUUUUUUUUCAAAAAAUUUUAAAGUUGAAUUUUUUAUGGGUUUUAAAUUUUUUUAGGUAAUCAGAGAUGCCUUUAGAGUUAUUUCAGAUUAUUUCGUAUAGGGUUUGAGUUUAAAAAUGACAUUUUGGAUAUUACUUUAGACAAUUUUUUGGGAUUUUUGAGGGGAAUGGAGUAAAAGUGAAAUUUUUUUGAUGUCUUUUCGGUUUCAAAAAGGGCGAUAAGGCUUUUUGGAUAAUUUGAGAGUAUUUGAGGGUAAAAAAUAGAGAAAAAUUAGACACUUUGGAUAUUACUUUAGAUGACUUUAUGACUAAAAAUUUUUAUUUUUUUUUGGUGGUUUUAAAAUUUUUGAAGUCAUUAGAGAUGCCUCUAGUGUAAUUUCAGACCAUUUCAUAUUGGUUUUGAGUUAAAAAAUGACAUUUUGGAUAUUAUUUUAGACAAUUUUUUGAUGAUUUUUUGGACUUUUAUAAAAAUUUUCAGGACACACCGGCCCGAUCACCGCCCUCUCCCUAAAUGGCCUCAAAUUGGCGUCGGCGUCGAUGGACAAGACGGUCCGGGUCUGGGACGUGACCCGAAUGGAGAACGAAGCCAUCCAAUUCUCCAAGGAAUGUGUGGACGUGAAGUUCAGCCCCGACGGAUUCUUCCUCGCCGUGCUGUUGCUCGACUCCUCGGUGCAUGUGUUGAGUGCGGAGAGCAACUCCGAGAUUGCAAUCAUCGAAACAAAAUUGGACAUGGACAUUGGAUGGAAGAAGGGGAAUUUGGCCAAAAAUUCGAUCGAAAAGAAUGUGAAUUACAAUCGAAUCGAGUUCUCACCCACCUCGAAAUUCCUCCUAAUUGGUGGACAAUCCAAUAAUUUUUCGUUAUACGACUUUGCACAACACACUUUGAUCAGAAGAUUCAAAUUAACGGCGAAUCAGUCGAUCGACGGGACAAAUGUAGGUUUUUGAAGGGGUUUUUGAAAGAUUUGGAGGGGAGAUUUGGUGGAUGUAUGAAGAAUAGAGAGUGUAGUGUGAGGUAAAGUUGAUUUUUACGGGGAAUUUUAUGCGUGGAUUACGGUAAAAUUGAGUUUUUUUUCCAUAUUAUAGGUGGUUUGAUGGGGCUUUGGAAAAAUUUUUGAUUUUUCGAUGGAAUUGAGGUAAUUUGAUGGGAAAGCUUGAUGAUUUUAGAAAUAAGAAGGUGUGUAGUGAAUUAUGAGUCUGGAAUUUGAGGUAUUAAAGAGCAUUGGGCUACUGUAACAACGAUUUUUCUCGAAAUUUUUCGGUUUUUUGAGUUUUCUUGGGAAAUUUAUGUAUUUUUUGUGAAUUUCAACAGGAAAAUCGAUGAUUUUAAAAAGAGCUUGGUGUUUAGUAAAUGAUGAGGCUAAAAUUUGAGGUAUUCAAGAGCAUUGGGUUACUGUAAUAUGUAUUUUUUUCAAAAAAUUCUGGAUUUUUUGGGUUUUCUUGGGAAACUAUGCAUUUUUUGUGAAUUUCAACCGGAAAAAUUGAUGAUUUUAGAAGGAAGAAGGUGUGUAGUGAAUGAUGAGUCUAAAAUUUGAGGUAUUUAAGAGCAUUGGGUUACUGUAACAACGAUUUUUUUGGAAAAUUUCCAGAUUUUUUGGGGUUUCUCGGGAAAUUGUGCAUUUUUUGUGAAUUUGAAGCAGAAAGUGGUUGGAUUAGGCACAGACUAAGCUCAUAGUAUUGUUUAGGAAGGAUUUUAUAUGUCCCACAGGGUGUUGAGAUACUGUAAUUUCAAUUUUUUCGAGUUUUUUGUGAAAAUGAGGCAAAAAUUGGUCUUUUGCUUAUUUAAUGUUGUAUUUUCAGCCUCGAUUCGAUCCCUUCGCCUACUACGGACAACAAAUCGACGCCUCGGAUGAGGAGAACGAAAUCGGGCCGAUCAACACCCCGGGCGAAGCGAGAAAAGACCUCUCUUUGCGGAAGUUCGAACGCCCCUCCAUCGAGCUCACCGAAUUCGCCUUCAAUCCCACCGGCCGCUCGUUCGCAGUGGUCUCCACGGAGGGAGUAAUGGUCUUCUCAUUGGACAAACGACGAAGAUUCCGACCGAUUCGACUGGUGGAGGGAGCAACCAUCAAAAAAGCGGAGGAACUGCUGGAAAAUGAGGAAUAUCAUGAAGCACUGUUGAUGUCUCUGGCCCUGGAUGAAAAGGACUUGGUGGAAAAAGUGCUGGUGACAAUCCCAAUCGAUGAAAGUAGGAGAUUUUGGAAGAUUUUUGGGGAUUUGAGGGAAAAGUUGAGAAAAUUGAGGAUUUUUGGGGAAUAAUGUUGAAUUUGGAUGAUUAACGGUGUUAAAUCUUGUUUUGUGAGGUUGAAAUUUUACAAGGAAAGUACUUCUAUGGGGUAUGGAGUUACAGGUCGAGACAUAUAUCAAAAAAAUCGCAAAAUUUUUCUGAUUCAGAAUAUGUAAAACUUAGCUGCCCAAUUUUGGUUUGUAAGGACGAAAAAACCUUCAGAACUUUUCUUGCAACACCACGCAAGUAAACCCUGACAUCUUGACAAGCCUUAAAAUAUAGUCGAGGCAAAAAGUCCUUAGAAUUUUGCACUGUGCAUAAACCCGAAAAAACAUUUUGCACCGUGCAUCCGACCGAAAAAGUGCUUUUGCACAGUGCAAUUUUGUUGUUUUUGCCUUAUUGUCGCGCGCGAUUCCCAUUUUUCUCAGCGACAAAUCGACUUUUCGGGGUGCGACGAGAUUUGGGGGCCGCGAAAAAUUCUAAGGACUUUUUGCCGCGACUAGUAUCAAACUUGGAACUACUAAUAAUUCAAGUGUAGUAUUAAUCAAGUUUGAUAUUUUAAGGCUUGUCAAGAUGCCAAGGUUUACUUUAUCGGUCUGUCGGGAAAAUAACGGCGGAUCGUCGCGCCUCGGAAUCGCCCAUCAUCGCUCUGCGACUGCAAGCCGCGACUUGGGAUUUGGUGCGCGAUAGCGGCGAGGCGAGACAUUUUGAUGCGACGAUCCGCCGUUAUUUUUCCGACAGACUGAUAGCUCAAAAAAAAAGCUUUUGAAUUGGUAAAAACUUGGUCAAAAUAGCAUUUGCGUGGGGUUGCGAGAAAGGUUCUGAUGGUUUUUUCGCCCUUACAAACCAAAAUUGGGCAGCUAAUUUUUACACAUUCUGAAUCAGAAAAAUUUUGCGAUUUUUUUUGAUGUAUGUCUCGAGCUGUAACUGCACACCCUAUAGAAGUACUUUCCUUGUAAAAUUUCAAUCUCACAAAACAAGAUUUAACACCGUUAAUCAUCCAAAUCUGCCAUUAUUCCCAAAAUCGUCAUUUUUCUCAGUAAAAAUUGAGCAAAUUUAAUUUACAGUCAGCAAAAAUAACGGGAUUUUUUUGAGCUAAAAUUGGGUUUUGAGCCGGUUUUUGCACCUAAAGUAAUAUAUUUUUAGUUCAAAAAGAGAUCCAGACUUUGGACGAUCAACUCGCCAUCGAACUGCUCCGAUAUUUGGGCGCGAAUAUCAACAGAAUCGCCAAAAUCCGCAUCCAUCAGUACCUAUUGAUCUGCCGACAUUUGGUCUUCACCUUUGCCCAAACUUUCAAAGCAGACACCACUCUCACCGACUCGAUUACGUCCCUCCAAUUCUUCCUCAAAACCCACAAAGACCUGCUGCAGAUCAUCCAGUCCAAUAAAGGACUCAUCGACUUUGAACUCACCCAAAGACAAUUGAACCAACUCAACAGAGAAAUGGAAGAAUUGAAGCCGCCUGGAGCAUGA